AAAGCAUUUCAUUCAGUGAAAUAAAAUAUUCAAAUUGAUUGUUAGAAAUUCAAAAAUUUACUGAAUCAACAGUUAAAUAUAAAAAAAAAUUUAUAUUUGUAAAAAUGGCUUUUCUCUUGCAAUUAUUUGAAUUGGUGAUAAUUAUACUGUGCUUUGAUUUUGGUGAAAAUUUUCAAAUAAAUCCACUUGGAAAUGAUCAACAACUAACAGAAGAACUUCGUUCAUUAGUGAUGGAAGACCAUUUUGGUUAUGAUGAAUUAUUGCUGACAUCAUGCGAGAAACAACAUCAGGACAAAAUUUCACUUGAUUUUUCAAAUUGGAAAAUAAAAAAACUUCCGGAAAAUUUCAUUUCCAGUCAACUCGUCACUUGUUUUGAUCUACAUGACAACAAAUUGGAAACUAACCAAACAUUUAACAUUUUUAAGAAGCAUACCAAUCUUGAAUACUUGAAUUUGGCUAAUAACAAAUUUAAUCUAACAAUGUUUCUGAACGAUGCUUCACAUUCAAAAAUUAGAACUUUAGUUUUGGACAAUUCCAGAUAUUCACAUUACAAUUAUGACAGAAUAAAUUUUCAUUUACCGAACUUAGAGUACCUUUCUUUACAGAGAACACAUUAUGCAAGUGGAUGCUUUGGUUUUUAUUGUUUCAAUUUUAAAUCGACAAAUUUGACUCACUUAUUUUUGUCAAACAAUUUAAUUGGGGAGAUAAGCUCUCUUAUUUUGGAAAAUUUUCCUACAACCUUAACCCAUUUGUUUGUAGACAAUUGUAACAUCAGUAGUUAUUCAUAUUCACAAGAGGUAUCGUCUAAUUUAAUUUCUUUAUCAAUGGAUGGAAAUUCAUUUACCUGUGUAAAUUAUUUUGAUGAAUGCUUAAAUCUCAAAUGUUAUCCAAACUUGAAAUACUUAUCUCUGUCAAAUUGUAAAAUAAGUGAUAUAGACAGAGACACCUUUUACUCUAGUCCAAAGCUUAUCUACUUGGACAUAUCAAAAAAUAAAAUUAAAAAAUUGUCAGAAGAAGUAUUUUAUAAAACACCUGCUCUCGAAUCGCUAAAUCUAAACAGCAAUGAACUUUCAAAAAUACCAAAUCUAAAUAUUUUAGGUAACUUAAAAAAAUUAUACAUUAAUAAUAAUAAUAUAACAUAUUUGAAUCAAGAAUCAUUCAGCAAUUUAAGAAAUUUGCAAAUCUUAUCAUUAGGUAGUAAUAAUAUUCAUUCCAUUGAUGGCAGUGUUUUUUAUAAUCUUACAAAUUUAAUAGUACUUAAUCUUUAUGGAAAUAAACUAUCUACAUUUGACUAUAGUCCAUCGUAUAAUUUAAAAUAUUUAAUUUUAACAAAUAAUUUAUUUUCUUCAAUGGAAAAUAUUAAAUUGAAAAAUACAACCACAAAAUAUUUGGUUAUUACAGACAAUCCUUUAAUGAAUAUAACGCUUAAAACACUAAAAUCUUUUUCAGAAGAUAUGAUGAUUGUAAUGAAACAAAAAAUUGCCUAA